AUGUCGGUUGUUAAAAGUCUAUGUUUGAUGUUUGCUAUUUUAUCGGCAGUGGACUGCUCAGUCACUGUAGAUUCGUAUUGUCCAGAGCCUCCAACCAUUCCAAAUGGACAAAUAGUUGGGGAAACUAAAGAUACGUAUGUCGAAGAUGAUAAACUGAUGUUCCAAUGUGACUUUAAUUACACACUGAAUGGUAAAUAUGGAGAACUAACAUGUACGUCGGGUCAAAUUUGGCUACCAUCUAUUCAUUGUCAAGCUUGUUGGUUAUUUACCUUCUAUUCCAUACCGACGUAUGAUAUAAACGACUUGAAGUAUGAAGGAACCGAAGAAACUUGUAAUGAAGUAUGCGACCAAGAAGAUGAUUGUAUUAGUGCAUCGUUUUACGAAGGUUUCUGUUACCGAUCAUUCUUAAUCGAUGAUUUGAUUGGCACUUAUAAAGAGUGCGAGAAGGCUUGCUACGACGAUGAUACAUUCGACCCAGUUGUAAAUGACUUUGCUCCAGAUACUCAAAUUUAA